AUGGCUGAGGCGAGCACCAACCCCGACCCAGAGGAGCCCAGCUCCGGGCUGGACAUGGCUGAGGAGAGUCCUGGCCCCGCCACGGAGGAGCCCAGCUCCGGGCUGGACAUGGCUGAGGAGAGUCCUGGCCCCGCCACGGAGGAGCCCAGCGCCGAGCUGGACAUGGUUGAGGAGAGUCCUGGCCCCGCCACGGAGGAGCCCAGCGCCGAGCUGGACAUGGUUGAGGAGAGCCCCGGCCCCGGCCCUGAGGAGCCCAGCGCCGAGCUGGACAUAGCUGAGGAGAGCCCCGAACCCGAUCCGCAGGACAUCUCCCACGUUCUGGCUUAUGCCUUUGGGCACCUAUACACUGGAGAUGUUUCUGAGAUGGACAUGGCAGCAAAUUGGAUUGAGUCCCAAGAAGAAGACAGUGUUUAUCAAGAGAGUUAUGCAGAUGAGCUAGAGAAGCUUCUUGCUGAGUAUAAGAGCCGACUGACAGAAGCUGACAAAGCAGAARAGGAGAUCAUUCAGGCCCAGGCCCAAGCAAAAGCUGAAGAUGAAAGGGUUCUAAAGCAGAUGAAGGCUAAAGCAGGGAAACAUUUUGACAAAAUGUUGCUGCCACCAGUGGCAUCCUCUUUUCAGUGGAUUGUGGAUAAUGAACUUCUCAGAAGAAAUAAUUUAAUUUGUCCUGAAGAUUACAUCACUGAGAAACCACCUCUUGCUAAAGCACCAAAAGGAAAGUCAGAACCUGGAUACCUGAAAGGGACACGUAAACAGCGUCCUUUUUCGCUGGACCAGAGUACCUCCYCAACUGGCAGUGUGACACGUGUGUCUUCAACUCUGCCCUCAACUUCACACUCYAGCCACCAGACUAAAACCAUGAGUAAGAAAACUAAAGACUCCCAGAAACGAGCAGGGAAAGAAAGUGAGUCCUGGAAAGCAGAGGAAGUAAGCGAGUGCUUUGUCAGGCUUAAGAAAGCACAGAAUUACUUGAAAAACCCACGCUUUUUCCCACCAAAUACUCUCCAUGGAGGCAAAUCUCUUGUAAUUUCUCAAGAAAAAGUGGAACAAAUCAUGGCCAGAGGAAAAGCAGAAGAUACCAAAGGUGAUACUUCAUCUGUUCCCGUGUUUCUUGCCAAUCCACCUUCUGUCCUGUUUUCUUAUGAUAAAGCUGGGCGGGUUUAUGAGAGGACUGUAGAGCUUCGGAACAUCACUUCAACAGGUCAACAUGUGAGACUCAUCCCCCCUUCUACUUCAGUAUUUUUCAUUUGGCCAGGAAAAUAUCCAGGAGAGGGAGGACUGAUUGCUCCUGGGAUGACGUGCCAGUAUACAGUCCAGUUUAUUCCUCAAUAUCUGGGAGAAUAUGAAGAUCAUAUAUUAGUGGAGACUCUAGUAUCAGAACCUUUUCUCAUCCCAAUCCAAGCUAAAGUAUCACUUCCAGUAUUAACAUUGCCUGACAKUAUAGACUGUGGUUUCUGCCUUGUUGGAGGAAUAAAAACAACAGCAAUUCCAUGYAGAAAUGAGGGAGUUAGGACUGCAAAGUUCUGUAUAAUGCCAGGGAAAGCCUGUCCAGCUCCUAAUUCUGGGGUAGUUGCCACUGCUGAUUUUGUGAUACAGGAUCCUUUUGGGAUCCAACCUGCUUUUCUGGAGCUAGAUCCAGGGCAGAAUGCAACAGUAGAGGUAGUGUUUUUCCCUUCUUUGCCAGAAGCCUCCCAGCAAAUAUAUACCCUUUUGUGUGACGAUUAUCCAAUCAAUUAUGUUACAGUCACAGGGGUUGGAGAGUUGGUUGCUCUGGAGCUUUUGUCUGUCACGGGUGGAGAAAGCAAACCUGCACUGGGUGAAGUCACUGAUGCAACAGCACAGCAUCUCAUACGAUUUGACCCCCAAAACCCACACACCACUGAGGAGAAGAGAUUGAUCAUAAAGAACUCCACCCAUGUAGAACUUUCCUUCUUCUGGCAGAUAGCAAAGCCUAAUCUGAAACCAUUAAUACUAGAAGAAACUGCAGACUUUACAAAGGUCAAAUACAAUGAAGACAGAGAGUCAGCCUUCUCCCUAAAUCCUGAGCAGGGAGUUUUGCUUCCCUAUGCAGAUCAUGAGUUUAUUCUCACUUACGCUCCACAGGAGCUGAAGAGUUAUCACAGUGUGAUUCAGAUGGUACUGAGGGACAUCCCAGAAUCACCUUGUUUAGUAAAAGAGGGGAUGCUUUGCAGCAUCCCAGAAUGCAAAGCAGAGGAUGCAAUAGCACUGGAAAUAGAAGUUAAAGGACUAACAGAACCAUUUCAUUUUCUUCUGGAACCAUAUGCCAUUAUUGUCCCUGGAGUAAACUUCAUUGGUACAAAURUCAAGAAAACAUUUAAGCUGUGGAACAACAGCAGAACAUUGAUCAAGUACAGAUGGGAGAAUAUCACRGCCUGUGAGAUCAUGGAAGUUGAACCUCCUACUGGUGUCAUAGAUGUGAAUGAGUACUGUGAAUUUGAACUGGCAAUUUCUAGAAGCAAAGCUGGGGUCAUCAGCCGUAAUCUGCAGUGUCACGUUGAGCCAUGUCCAGAGCCAGUUGAGCUACAUGUUGAGGUUGUUUUUAAGGGUCCAUUUCUUUAUAUUGAUGUUCCAUCACUCCGGUUUGGUUUGACUAAGCAGGGUGAGACUGUGUCAAAAACCUUUGAGAUGAAAAAUCUCUGUCAGUUGCCAGCACAGUGGAGGAUGCAAGAAAGCCAGGUUUGUCUGGCUGAAAGGAAUGAAGAGGUGUCCCCCUUUACCAUUGAGCCAUCAGCUGGAGAAAUACCUUCUUUGGGUGUGUGCACAGUUUCAGUUCAGUUCACAUCAUGGCAGUGCCAGCGUCUCCASACAGUGUUGGAACUGGAGGUAGAAAAUGGAGAAAGAAGUCAUCUUCCUGUUUUUGUUGAAGUUCAGACCCCCCAAGUGUGCCUGAUAUCUAGUCAUCUAGUAUUCACUGAAAUUUAUACUGGAAUUCCUGCUAAAGCAACUUGUAAACUUUUUAACCAGACACGGCUGCCAACAAAAUACUUAUGGGGAAAGCUCAUUGGAAGCCAGGCAGCUUCCUGCUCCAUUGUGGUCUCCCCUGCCAGUGGCACCUUAGGCCCAAAUGRAGAAGAGGAAUUCUGCAUAGAGCUGUCAGCUAACAUCGAGGGUGAGCUGAAAGACCUCACCCUUUCCUGUAGCAUAGAAGAAGACAUGGCUGAACCCCUYUUUCUGAGCAUUUCUGGAGAAGUGAAGGGACUACAUGUCAUCUAUUCAGUAGCUUAUGAUGAGGAAGUUGCCAGUGAUGAAGGACUAAUGCCCCAAAGCCCAUGUGAGGUUGUUUUGGACUUUGGCUCUGAAGUUGCACUCAGUGAUGUUGUAAAGYGCCAGCUGAUUCUUACAAAUUCCACUGGGAUCAGUGCUCCAUUCACAUUKGAAGUUGAGUAUUUUAGUGCCUGUUUGCUGCCUCCAGAGCAAGGAGCCUGCCUCUACCUGGUGAAAAGAAGAGGGCCUGUGACAGAACAUGCAGCCAGAAAAAUAAAGUCAGAGUUAGAAGCAGCAUUGCUGUCUCAGGGGAAGGGAGCAGCUUUCUGCAUUCAACCUUCCACAGGAACUCUGGAAGCUUUCCAGCAGCUCACCAUAGAAAUCACAGCUUACAACAACAUGUGGGGAGAGUACCAGGAUAAUCUUGUCUGUAAGGUGGGAGAUUUGCAACCCAAAUUAAUUCCUAUCAAAAUGACUGUGACAGGCUGUCCAAUCUUCCUGCAGGCSACAGGACCACAACGAGAGCCACCCAUUAUCAGGUUUGGCACUCAAGUCUCAGGAGGGUCCCCUGUCCUUCGGAGGGUCCAGCUCAACAAUCCCACUCCAUUUGACAUCCGCCUGGACUGGGAAGUUUACAAUCAAGAGAUAGACAAUGAAAAGCCAGUGGACCUAUUGGUGCACUUUGGAGAUCCUUUUCCUCCUGCGGACAUGGAUGGAAAUGAAGCUGCAUCAAGUGAUAGCACCUCAGAGUCAGAGGUCGUGUUAAAGUUGGAUCCAGCUGCCAUUCCCUGUGGCAGCAUUUAUCCAGCUUUGGAAACYACAGAUGAGAUCAGCUGUUAGUCUCCGGGUUCUGACAGUGAAGAGAAGGAAAUCAGCAGUCAGGAGUCUACAAGAGAGAAAAUUAUCUCUGUAUUUAUCCGUCCWCAUGAAGGGGUGCUUGCAGACAGCCCCUACACCAUUACUCCAAGGCAGAUAGUGAUUCCAGGAGGUGGCAGCAGCGACGUUCACAUUUCCUUYACCCCGCUCGUCCUCCCGGAUACAGAGGCUGAGCUGUGCUGUGACGGCUUCAUGCUGGGCUUCRUGAGCCUGGACAACAAGCUUGCCAAGAUGGUGCCUAACAARGUGUAUCGCAGACAUGGCCAUGAAGCUCCCCCGUUACGAGUGCACGUGGAAGCUGUCCUGAGGCAUCCCCUGUUAGAAGUGGAGAUGGAUCACGACAGAGGAAUGGUGUUUUAUUCAGUGGCGAGUGAUCUCCUAGCUGCUCAGCCUUUUUGUGGAGUUUUGACAGAUUCAGUAAUUACUCAGAAUUUGAAACUCACCAAUUGCACCAAGGUUCCUCUGUACUUCAGGCUCUUUCUGUCUACGCCCUUCAGCCUCUCCAGUGCAGAUYUCAAAAAGAGCACCAAAACAUCCCAUAGCAAGGAGGAGGAAAGGGAACAGCAACCGCAACAUCUACUUUAUCCACAGCAAAACAUGCUGGUGAAAGUGUCAUUCCACAUAACUCUGGAGUUACUUAGGUAUCAAUAUUUGCCAGACACCCAGCUGCUUCCUGGAUUCCAAUUGCUCCAGCUGGAGAAUGGAGAGAGAAAGCUGAAGUUUGAUCAAAAUCUGGUCAUUGAACACAGCAACUCCACUACCCAGCUGAUCCCAGUGACUGCCUACCUCACUGUUCCAGUCCUGGAGCUCUCCCGUGACAUGGUUGAUUUUCAGACCUGCCUUGUUGCACAGACCAAGACAGAACAUGUCUUUCUGUAUAACAGGAGUGGCUGCAGAAGCUACUGGACUGCUUUGCUGGAUGAACAGAAAAGACCUGAGGCCCUGGAAGUAUUUUCCAUCUUCCCAACUAGUGGCAUUUUGGAGGCACGUGAAGGRGAGGCACCUACCAGAGAGAUUUUGCAGAUCAGCUUUGCUGCACGGACUGACACUGAUUAUGAAGCUGUUGUGACAAUCACUGGAAUGCUGGAAGAGAAGCCUUGCAAGCUGCACCUCAGAGGGCAAGGAAUGCACCUUGGGAAGAUGCAUUAAGCAAGACAAUGUAGGACAAAUGUCAAGGUGACAGGCUGGAUGCAGAUGUGCCAUCAGCUGAGCCUGGUUUUCACCUACUUCUGUUUAAUAGAGACUGGAAUUUUAGCAGAAUGAAAAUGUAGGUUAUUAGGAAAUAAAUCCUUAUGGUACCUUAACCAGUCAUAAUCACAUUCUGUACACCUUUAUUGCUGUGAUAAGCUUAGCUUUUAGGCACAGAUCAAGGUUUUAAAUUGCAAAGCAGCUGUGUAAAUCAGGCCAAAGCACUCUGCAGAGCCCAGCAUGCCUUGAAUUACAGCUACAUACCUUAAAGUAGCUUUUGUUUUGCCUCAUUUAUUUGUUUGACAUUAAAAUGGACAUUGACACAUAAUAAGAGCAAGAACUGGUGAAUAAGCCAGCAUUCCCCAGGCUGUUUCCUCAGUGCCUUACAUGAAAAGAGGAAGAGCUAACUUUCCUUGGUCUCCUUGGAAAAUUACCAACCUGUUUCAUCAUGCUUGGGCCUUGAGAACAUCCUCUUCAGCAACAGAGGGAGGAACCCUUCUUCCUUUUCAUUCUUUGCCCCCACAUGGUUCCCAUUUACUCACACUUCUCUUUAAAUUAUUUUAGUAUUAGUUUAKCUAAAGGUCACUGGAAUUCCCACUUCUGAGUCUGUUAAGU